AUGCCUCUCUUUAAUGUCACUCUCAAAGAGAACGCCUCCCCAGAGGAGCUCAGGAAAGCCAAGGACAAGGCAAAGGCUGAUGGAGGUGAAAUCAAGCACGAGUUCACUCUGAUCAAAGGCUUCACUGUCGAGUUUCCUGACGACAAAGUCGGAGUCCUCCAAACCAACGAACACAUUCACGUCGAGCAGGACAGCGACGUCAAGACCCGGUGA